AUGACCGCCGACGAGCCCCCGUCUGAGGCUCUCACUCUCUGGGAAAAACUCUCUCUCACCUGGCUUGUUCCUCUCUUCGCCGCGCGAUGCAUCAAAUUCCUUCUCUUCCAGCGUAAUCCCUCCCUACACUGGCGCCAAAACCUCGCCUUAGCCCUCCUCAAGAUCCGCCGCGCCACUUACCCCGCCAAGUACCUACACCACCAAGCAAGGCGCGUCCCAACAGGGAAAGCCAUCGAGCUUUACGUCUCCCAACACCCCAACAUCGCCCACACCACCGUCACCGUUCCUCUCCCGCCAUCUUCAGAUCCUCAGCUGAAGGAUGUCCCACCACCAGUUCUGCACUUCCUCACCCCCGUAACCGGGCAGGACACUGACAAGAAGACCACACUCCUCUACUUCCACGGCGGCGGCUUCGUCAACCCCCUCCGCGCCACAGGCCACAUGCCUUUUAUUCUCUCCCUGCACAAAGCCAGCGCUGCCCACCAAACCAUCAUCCUCGAAUACGCACUCGCGCCCGAACACCCAUAUCCCGCGCAACUAAUCCAAGCCGUCGCCGCCCUUUCUUACCUCCUUACUGAUCUAUCCCUUUCCCCCUCCGACAUCAUUCUCGCGGGAGACAGUGCAGGCGGCCAACUCGUCGGCGCCUUGCUGGCUCACCUCGCCAAGCCAAGUCCAUAUGCGCCCCAGGUAAAAAAUUGGGAGAAUGAAAAAGAUCAGUUCAAAGCGGCCGUGUUCAUCUCCCCUUGGGCUUCGAUGCAGCAACCGGGUGGUGCAUCCAUGUUUGAGAAAGCAGAUGAUAAAUGGGAUUAUCUUACGCAAGGACAAUGUGCGCGGUAUCAAGAACUUUGGAACCCCAAGGUGGAUGAGGUAUGGGCGAAUUUGUGCAGUUUUUCGGAAGACCGAAAUACUAAAGAGGAAGAGGAAGUUUGGAGGCGGGUGUUUGGUCGGGAUGGGCGGAGGGCGAUGGUGGAAAAGACGUUGGUGACGGUGGGCACGGCCGAGGUGUUGGUGGAUAGUUGUCGGCGGUUUGGAAGGGAGUGUGUGGGGGGUGAGACGGUCGUGGUGGAUCGGGAUACUACCUCUAUGGUCUUGGAGAGGGAGGUCAAGGGGAAGGAUGUAGUGACGGUGGAGUGUGUGGGCGAUGCACAUGUGCAGCCGACGUUGGAUGCGGCGGUGGGGUAUGAGGAGGGGGUGAUGAUGAGGGUUAUGUUGGCUUGGUUGCGGGGUGUUUAGUGGUCCGUCCCUCUAUUUGAGCUGAUUAUCUUUACUGAGAUUGUAAGGGACUUCGGAUAUGUAAAAGGCAAAAAGGAUAUGCUUUCGGCCUGUAAGGUCGUAUCUAACGCAG